AUGAGCGCAAUAGCAGCCAGAAAGGCUCGUCUAGCUGCGGCAAAAGCGCAGGUGCAGGCGCAACAGGAAACACUCAAGCCGCUAUCUACAACACCUCCACCACCACCGCCGCCGCAAGCUCAGCCCCCACGAAAGCGUCAAAGGAGCGUCGAGGUUGCGAGCAGCGAGAGCGACGGGAGCGAGGCUGAGAGUAGCGCAAGUGGCAGUCGCACUCGCACCACCAGCCCAUCGUCAACGCCUAUCCAAGCGGACGCCAUUCAGUGGCUUCAACCAGUAUGGGCUCAGUCGACGAGCAGCAAGGAGCCUCACAAUGUCUCGAUCCUCUCCACCAAGGGCAAGGGCAAGGCACGAGCUGAAGAAGCCCUCGUUCUGCGCAUACAACCAGGCAAAUCCAUCGCCAUCAGGGGUACAGCCCAGCUCCUUGUCACAGAGGGCAUCGUUUCUGUCAAUGGCUGCCACGUCAGCCCAACCUCACCGAAGCAGCUUCUCCUCUGUCCAUCCACCGACCCUCUGCCGCUCCUCACGGCUUGCGGAGAAGAGGAAGCCACGAUAGAGCUCCACGCCAUCUCAAGCACAGGUCUCGAGACAUUAGCAAACGUCUGCCCCCUUGCCGGUACGGACCCUUUCUCAUUACGACCACGUCGCGACAUCCAGUCCCUCCUGGUCACUUCGCAGCACCUCGCCCUCGAUCCCAGCCUGACAGUACAGCGUCAGCCACCAAGCUGGCAAGAGCAAUGGGACCGCCUGCAGGCCGCUGAACCAAGCGCUACGCCACAGGCGGUCCUGGUGCGCGGCGCAAAAGGGGCAGGGAAGAGUACUUUUGGUCGCACCCUCCUCAACAUCUAUGCGGCGCGGCAUCAGCGCGUUGCUCUACUGGACGUGGACUUGGGGCAAGGGCAUUUCCAGCCUGCGGGAAGCGUUCAUCUCUACAUCUUCUCCCUCUCCUCCUCCUCGAAUUCGCAGCAUCCCCUCAUCUCCCCCUCCUGGCUCACCCACCCUUGCCUCCCUGCUCCCGCGCACUCAAUCUUCCUCGGCCAAACAACGCCUAAAGAUCUUCCCUCCUCCUACUUUCGCGCUGUUGCCCACCUCAUCGAGCGAUACGAUGCCACGCUACGCGGAGAGGGGGUCCCCUUGCUGGUAAACACAAUGGGCUGGGCAAAGGGAAUGGGCGCAGAGCUCAACGAGCGGAUAGAGGGGCUUCUGCGGCCUGAGGCAGUAUACGAUUUGAUGCCUACCCUGGAUCCCUACGCAACCGGCGGGAAGGUAGCGCGCAUCGAGCUACCAAAGCCCUAUCGUGCCCCACACGGCGGUUGGGUCACACCUGUGCAGGCCGUCGGGCUGGACAUGAAGGCUGCUUCGAGUAGCGGGGAUUCGAGAAUGUCCUCGACGCAGGCAGGGCUCACCGCUGCUGACCAGCGUUCCCUCGCUAUGAUGACGCAUCUGCACGCGUCCUCCGCAAGUCCGCUGCCGCGCUGGGACUUUUCGCACAAUCUCAUCGAGCGAAGACCCUUCGUUGUGGAUGUACGCACAGGGCUACAAGGCGGGAUCCACCUCGGAAUGAGCGAUCAAGGGAGGGUAUUGGAUGUGGGAGUGGGAUUGGCGGCACUCAAUGGCGAGAUGGUCAGUCUCUGCAUCAUCGACGUCGCAGAUCAGGACGUCAUCACGGCGUCGAUCGAUUCACAACCGCAGGACGGCGACAUCGCUGCAACGUGGCGCCAUGCAUUUAGUCGCCCGCCUCCUCCGCCAGGGAGCGAGAGACUCAUCUGCCUAGCCCUGGUGCGCUCCAUCGACGAGCAAGCGGGCAAGGUACAUCUACUCUGCCCUCCCUGUCUGGCAGAGCUCGUCAGUCGCGCUCAUUCUCAGUCUCAGUCUCCGCCUCGCCUCGCCCUGAUUGCCACGGGAGGAAGUGCGGCCAUUGCCCCACCCAUCUUCGCCUUCUUGGAUCGACCGAGCUUUGCGGCUCGUGGCAGCACGUCGGGCGAAGCAGAGCAGAAUGGCGCAACGAAAGGUGGAAGAGGAGCGGGUAUGGGUACGGUGUCUCUCUUGGCUGGCGUGCCACGCAAUGAGGCUCCCUACUUGUCUUGGCCGGCGGACGCGACGUCGGCGGGAGCGGGCGGUAAGGCGGGCGGCGCGAUCGUAGGAGCGGGCAAGAGGAGGGUGCGACGAAAUGUCAUGCGACGCGGACAGAGGGGAUGA